CUUAAUAAAAAAAAGUUCAUAUGCUUUCAGUGAAACGAAGUUAAACAUUUUCUCUUUCCCAACUUCGCCUACAAGAAACAGAAAAUUGAAACAACGAUGGAGUAAAGCUCCAUAAGAAUGGAAAGAGAACAAGAAAAUGAUUACACAGACAGAUUAAGCAGUCUACCAGAUUCUCUCUUAUGCCAUAUACUAUCCUUCCUCCCAACAAAAACCUCUGUUUCUACAAUAAGCCUUGUGUCUCACAGAUAUCUUCAUCUCUGGAAGAAUCUCCAGGUUUUUGACUUCUAUAACGAUUACUGCCCCGGCGUCGAUGGAGAGUCCGAACAUUUCAAACAUUUCGCACUUUUCGUCAACGCCGUCCUCGCUCUACGCCACUCCCGUCACAUUCGAAAGAUGCAUCUCUCCUGCGGCGACUCCAUACUCGAAGAUUUUAACCUCAUCUCCGUCAACACGUGGGUUGAUGCUGCCGCUGGGUCCCACCUUGAGGAACUUCAUCUCGCUCUCUUUUCAUCCCAGGGUCUCGGCUUCUAUCUUCCUAUCAGUAUUCUCUCUUGCACUAACCUCCUCUCCCUCAGUCUCUGCGGUCAAAUCUUUUUGGAAUUGGAACAAUCUUCGACGAUUCAUUUACCAUCAUUGAAGACACUGCAACUAGACAUUAGUUAUGUAAAUGCAAAUUCCGUGGAUAUCCUUCUCUCUGGCUGCCCAAUCUUAGAAACUCUGGAUCUUUCCUUCUCUCCUGAAUCUUUGGCGAAGCUUCAUGUUCCAUCUUCCUUGAAGAGUUUGAAAGUUAUUGUUGAGAAUGACAUUGGGGCUUGUCUUGAGAUAGACGCACCAGGUCUCAAGUACCUUACUCUCACCAAAAUCACAUUUGGCGAUGUUGCCGCAAUUGGCAACUUGCACAAUGUGGAAGAAGCGUGUCUUGAUGUAUUUUCUACUCCUGAAAAUGAAUAUGUUGAUCCUUUACUCACUCUCCUCCAAGCUCUCUCUGGGAUUAAACAUCUAGUGUUGUGUUGUUCAACAGCAAAGAAGAGACUACUAGGUGCUCAAUCUAUUAUAAAUUUUUCAAAUAUACGUUUUCCGGAAUUUUGCCAUCUACUACAUCUAGAGCUCAUUCUACCUGCUUUUGAUCCUUUUUUGUACAACGUGCUUCAGAAAUGUCCUAUGCUUCAAACUUUCAUAAUUCAAAAUGACCAGGAUAAAUCACCACAUGAAUAUGGUUUGGCGGUGAAUCUUGAAAGUGUUCCUAAGUGUCUUGUAUCUUGCUUGACUUUUAUUCACUUUAAAGGAUAUGUAGGAUAUUGGGAAGAGCAAGAAUUCAUUAAGUAUGUUUUGCAAAAUGGACUUGUUUUAAAGACGAUGCUUAUUUCUGGUGUUUUGUUGGACCAAAUGAUGAAGUGGGAGAAGUACCGUUUUCUCAAAAGAUUUUCUGAUCUGCCAAAGGGUUCUGCUGUUUGCAAAGUUAAAUUUGACUGAGAUGUAUCUCUUCAAGAUUUUUAAGCUUUGCAAGAGGGGUUGAGAUUUGUAAGAUUGAAGAAAAUGAUGACAUUUACUUUUGAAGAGAAAACUUUUACAUUUCUUGCCACUUAUUGUAAAUUAACUUAAUGAUUUUCCAUUGUGUGGUCAGAUCUUGUUAUUAUUAGUAAUUAUUAUUAAUACUACUAAAUCUUUGUUUGGGGCACUAGUGUUCACUUUUCCUGUUAAUGAAAAACUCAGAAAAUAUGCCACUUAUCUGUUGCAUUUGACUUAAUUUACUUAUUACAAUAUAACCAUCUUAUGGAAAAGGAGUAAAUUUUUUGUUUGUUGAUCAGUUAAGAAUUUUUAAUGUAUUUGUGAUAAAACUUAUGAUUUAAAUUAGAUCAAAUUCUAAGGGGACACCUUCAUAGUUAGUCCACUAAGGCCCGUGCUUAAAAAUCACUAGAAACUUUAACGACGAUAGACAAAACUCUUCGGAAGUAUAAGUUAACAAUUCUCCCUGUCUUUACACACAAGACAAUGAUUUGAUUCUGUCGGUUCGAUGAGUGAAAUUAUGAGAGAUACAUUCUUUUUCUCUGCUUUUGAUUGAACUGACUUCGAUUGAGUAACUUUCUCAAACAUAAAGAGGAAGAGGACUGUUCCUAUGAAAUUGGUCCACCGUAGCAUUUGCUUUAAAUUAGCCGGCUCAACCAUGUUUUAUUUUCCCAGAAAUGCAUUUUAUUUGGGAAGUUAUAUUAUAACGUCCAUGUCAUUUGACCAAAUCUUACUGAUAGAUAAUGGUUAAGAGGAAAGAAAAUAAUGAAAACAUCGACUAAUCUUUAUUGAUGAAUUGAAAGAAUUAUUACAUCUGUUUAUUCGAGGGGACCUGACUCUCCCACACCAGACUGAUACAAUUUCUUAGUUACUUCUUACUCUGCCCCCACACUCUCCCUAUAGCUGCGUCUUAUCAUUUAGUUGUCACUAAGACAAGUCACCAAGAGGUUGUUAUCCUAUGUGGCUCUUCUAUUCCUUCUAACAUAGACUUUAUUAAUAGGGGGUCAUUGCAUUUCACUUGCAUUGCAUAUAGAUACCUGAAUACAUGUUAUAGAAGCAUUUUUUUUUUGCACAAGUAUUUAUUUAAUAUAUUAAUGAAUGUAAUUUACAUUUGUUUAGGAUUUUAGUGAAAAUUGCUUAGAAUGUGCAUAAUCUCUUGUAGAAAUCUUAGUUUGGGAGGUUGAUGGAAAUAUGGCAUUUGACCUUUUCCCCUCUCUUCUCCUCCUCCCUCUCUUGUUAAUGUAUUGCAUGUUUUGAGUUUGAAGGUAUUAUCAAUUACUUAACAUUUUCUCCUUCAAUGUAUAUUUCUGUUUAAAGGAUUUUUGUGCUUAGAAUGUCAUUCUAGCCUAUGUUAUGUAGCUGUGUAGCUUUUGUUGUAUUGUAUGAGCGAUCGACCAAUUCCCGAAAAUUUUGAGUAUGAAGUUCCAUUUCCAAAUCGUCUGAGCCAUACUAAUAUAGCUUUUCUUACAUUAAUAGGGAAAUUGUUGGCCUUUUUUUCUGUCAGUUUGCCACACAAUAUACAUGUAUCAUCUCAACCCCUUAUUUUCCAUCUUAGCUACCUUAUUUUUAAUCCAAAUGUCUUAUACCAUUUCACAUAUUACUUGUUACAUUUUAUGUUAUAAUUAUGCUACCUUUCAAUUAUUAGAUGCUAGUUAUCACUGUUUCACUUCAGUUAGUGACUUUUGUUAUAUGCUGCUAAUUGCUAUACUGCCAUUCUCAACUUGCUUCUUUAGUUUAUGAUAUUAGAUUAGAUUACUCAACAAAUUUAAGUUGUUAUAUAAUGCUAAAUGGCAUGAUUUGUGAAACCCAAAUAUGGCUAUUUUGUUGAUGACGAGUAUUGAUUGAAAUUACGUGAAUUACUAAUGUUAAGUUUAUU